GGUUGUUGUUUCUCCAAGAGGUUUCAUGGAGGCAGAAGGCUAAAGAGCACUGGCUUAAAUUUGGCGAUGACAACACGAGAUAUUUUCACUUGAUGGCAAAUUACAAGAAAAAAUUCAACCUGAUAUUGCUUAACCAUUAGUGGGGAGAGGUUCGAAGGAAGGGAAGAGCUGACCAGAGGUGUGGUCGAUUACUAUGCCAAUUUUUUUGAAGAAUCAGUGGAGAGGAGACCCUUCCCUAGGAACUAUGAUGUUACCAGGCUGAGUAACACGAAAGGUCUCUCUCUUACUCAGUAUUUCUCGGAACAGGAAAUAUGGGCGUGCAUUCGAGACUGUGAUGGAUGGAAAGCGCCAGGGCCAGAUGAGUUCACUUGGGACUUUUACAAGAAGUGUUGGGCGAUUAUUCGAACUGAAGUCCUUAAUGCUAUUACAGAAUUCCACAGCUCAAGUACCCUUCCCAAGUGCGCUACACAUUCAUUUUUAUGUCUUGUGCCCAAACGCAACGCCGUGGAAGAUAUCAAGGAUCUGAGGCCAAUAAGUUUAAUGGGAAGUCUGAAUAAACUUAUAAGUAAAAUCCUUGCUCGUCGACAUAGUACAGUUCUUCCCAAGCUUAUUUCCCCGUCUCAGCAGGCCUCUGUUCGUGGUAGGCAAAUAUCGGAGGCUGGGCUAAUUGCUUUUGAACUUCUUGACAGCAGAAAGAAUAGCAGAAAACCCGGCCUAAUGUUUAAACUCGACAUCGAACGUGCGUUUGACAAUGUGAGCUGGAGCUGUCUUUUCAAAGUGAUGGAUUCCUUGGGGUUCCCUAAGAAAUGGUGUGACUGGAUUCGCGGAACCAUGUGCUCUCCGAUGAUAUCGACGAUUAUCAAUGGUGAGGCUAAGGGGUUUUUCAAGACUAGUAAGGGUCUCCGGCAAGGCGAUCCACUAUCGCCAGGUCUGUUCACUAUGAUAAUGGAGCUGCUCUCUUUCUUGUUGAACAAACUGAAGGAGGAUGGUAAAAUCAGGGGCUUUUGUAUGAAUGAGUCGAAUGGGGAUGGAGAAGUUACUCAUCUGCUGUUUGUGGAUGAUACGCUAAUUUUCUGUGAGGCUUCGUACGACGAAGUUUUGUAUAUUCUAGCUGCUUUGGUCUGUUUCAAAGCUAUCACUGGCCUGAAGAUUAAUCUGGAGAAAUCGAUAAUGAUUCCGGUCGGGGACGUCCCCAACCCAGACUACUUUGCUGCUCUCUUCGGUUGUAAUAGGAGCAGGGAGGUCUCGAAGUACCUGGUAUUCCCGCUAGGGGCCAAGGUCAAUUCUUCUACAAUCUGGGAGCCAAUUAUUGAUAAGUUUGAGAGGAGACUUGCAGGCUGGAAAUGUCGUUACCUUUCUCUGGGAGGGCGAUUGGUCCUUAAUAACGCUGUUCUUACCAGCCAACCUGUUUACUACUUCUCUCUUUUUCGAGCUCCUAGAGGAACUAUUAAUAGGUUGGAAAGAAUCUAGAGGAGAUUCCUAUGGUGCGGGGCUAGUGAAGAUCGGAGGAUUCCACUGGUUAAAUGGGAUUUUUGCAAGGCUCUGAAGGAGAAUGGGGGGUUGAGGGUGAAAGACCUCCACUGCUUUAACAAGGCUAUGCUAGGUAAAUGGCUAUGGAAGUUUGCUAAUGACAGAAACAGUUGGUGGAUGAAGUUGAUUUCGAUGAAAUAUCUGUCUGAAUCAGAAUGGCAAAGCAGAAGGUUUAGGGGUGGGUACGGAGGGUCGGUUUGGGCUAAUAUUACAAAAGAAUACGAAUCCUUUUGGAAGGUCUUCCAUGUCGAUCCGGGCAGCGGUGCUUGGGUUUCUUUUUCGAAAGAUUGCUGGGUCCCUAAUAUGAUCUUAGUAUAUGCUUUUCCUAGAGCUGCCGCUGCUGCCACCCUACCGGAAGCCUGGGUUUCUGACCUUGCCAACAACACAGGUACGAGUACUUUGUGGAAUUUAAACUUCAAUAUUAAUUUGAGAAGAGGGGGGGGGGGGGGGGGGGGGGGGCGGGCGAGAGAGAGAGGUUAGAGUUCUUCAAUGUCAUUAAUUCAGCCAUUACUGAUGAAGUUUUUAGUGGCCCUAGUAGGGUGGUCUGGUCCCCAAAACCAGAGUUGUCUUUUUCUGUUCGACUUUUAUACAGGCACCUCAUAAGCAGCAGGUUCCCUGGCGUGGAGCAGUUCCCUGAUGAUUAUGUUUGGAGGAACUUUGUGCCUCACAAGAUCCGUGCGUUCAUGUGGACGGUUGCCCAUAUGAAAAUCCUCACUCUUGAUAACCUGCAGAGGAGAGGAUGGGUGCUUGCUAACCGGUGUUGUCUGUGUUUCAAGGCUGAGGAAUCAAUUAACCAUCUGUUCAUUGAUUGUAUCUUCACCAAAGAAGUCUGGGAGGCUAUUAGAAGGGUUUGCAGCAACCUUUCGAUCCCCUCGAGGGACAUCCUUAACACUAUUAGACGAUGGAGCUGCGAUUAUCCAGAUAACCUCAACGAUUGGAUUGUCUACGGGGCGCUUCACAUGAUCUGUUGGCAGGUUUGGCUCGAAAGGAAUCAGCGUACGUUCAGAGAUAGGAGUCAAGGGGCAGUCGCUGUUUUCCAGAAGUCCAUCAGCUGGAUUGUUGAGAGUGUGUUGCGUUCGGUAAAGCCAGCAAGGAAUAGGGACAUGAUUGGUUGAGAAACAACAACAUUCAGAGCUUCUAUCUUUUUGUGUGAUUCUUUGAGCUCUGCUCUCGGGGUUGUUGCCGUUCGCGGUUGAUUGCAGGUGUUUGGUUGCUGCGGUUUGCUUCUCAGCCUGAUUGCGAGGUUUGGAAGGGUGAUCGGGUAGCUGUUGUUGGCUUAUUUUGCCGAUGGUUUAUGGGUUUUGGGUCAGGGGCUGUUUGGUCAGCCUAGACGGGGUUGGGUUGUAUAUUGAGACUCCUAUCUAUUGUCUGUUGAUUUUCUGGGUUUUCUGUUGUUUUUCGUGUGUCCUUCUUCUCUUCUUUUGGUUUGUUCUCAGUCUGUUCUGGAGUUUUGGCUGUACUUCUUGUGCGGCUUGAACCUUUGCUGGUUUGUUUUUAGUUUAUUAAUAAUAUUUCUCUCACCAUUAUCAAAAAAAGUAAGCUGACUAACUAAAACUAAAUUAGGAACCAAGGCCAGAACAUGUAAAGUAUUAGGUAAAGAAAUACUAGGAGUAUGA